AUGGGUAUUCUUCUUUUGCUUCUAUGCGUCGUUGGCCUUAUGGGCAUCGUUGAGGGCGAGAGAUACAAUGUUGCAUUCGAAUACAAGUUAGCGGACAACUACGAUUGCAGCGACCAGCAAGGCAACGUUCGAUCGUUCCUCACGUUGCCGGCACUGGAUGAGGGAGCAGGUAUUUGGAAUAACGGUGGCGGCCACUGGGUCAGCAGCAAUGGAAACGGGCGACGGCUGGGAGGAGGACCCAAGGUGUAUGAAUUGGAAGACGAGGCAAAGGCAGCUAAAGACGUGGUUCUGGAAAAGCUCCAAGACACUUCCACGAACGGCAUCUUCGAAGGAUGCCUCGAUCUUGUCGAACCAGACGUUCACGUCAGAAUCCAACAAGUCGGAGGCAAACCUACUAGGCAGCUCACAGGCGAUCAGGAAGAAAGACGGCUGGAUCCGGAGGAUUGCCGCGACGCAGCAAUCUUGUGCAAUUCGGGUGCUAUGUG